AUGAAGGCAUACAUGUACGACAACCUGCCGGGCGACCAGCGUCUGCCUCACGACUCGGGCCGCCAGGUGACGGCAGAGGACCUGGCCGGCCUGGGCGUACUGUACUACCGCUUCCCCGAGACGAGCGACGUCGAUGCCCUGGCCGCCGAGCGCGGGUACCGGAACCGCGACGAAAUUGUCGUGUCGCCCGAGAAGAUGGGCGACGUCUACGAGGACAAGGUCAAGAUGUUCUUCCACGAGCACCUGCACGAGGACGAGGAGAUUCGCUACAUCCGCGGCGGCCAGGGCUACUUUGACGUGCGCAACAAGGGCGACGAGUGGGUGCGCAUCCAGCUGGAGAAGGACGAUCUCAUCAUCCUGCCCGCGGGCAUCUUCCACCGCUUCACCACGGACGAGUCCAACUACGUGCAUGCCAUGAGACUCUUCAAGGAUGAGCCAAAGUGGACGCCCUUGAACCGCGCUCCGGAGCUGGACAGCAACAACUUCCGCAAGGAAUAUGUCAGCCAGUACCUCAACUAA